UGGGGGGGGGGGGCUCCCAGUCUCUCGCAUUAGCUCUGGCAAGUACCCCUGCUGCCCAGUGCAUAGGCUCCCCCUAUUCCGGGUUCCUCUUCGCUGGCAGCCUCCUCCCCAGCCUUUGCACACCGUCCCCCAGUCUCAGGCCUGGACUGGGAGGAAACAUCUGUCGCGCCCCCUGGCAGCAGAAAUAGGGUCGUGACCUCCAGAUGUGCUGGGAAGCAUCCAGCACCUCCUCUUGGGGCAGCCAGGCCUUCCGGAUCUGUGAAGGCGGGGCCACCCCUUCCCCCUCAGUGACAUAGGCUGCAAGGAAUGUCCCGGCCUCAAUGGACCCUGUGUGAAGCUGUGGAAUGGGGGGCAGAGCCUAAGAACGCCUCCCCACCGCAGAGCCAGGCACUCAGCCAGAGCCCAUGUGCUGGGUGGCACACAUUCAUGCAUAUACAGAGUUUGGCCCACGUGGAUCAGGGUCCCUCCGUCCUGCCUCCUCUUACCCCCAAACCCCAGCCCAGCCCCUCCCAUGAGCAAGCCCACAACAUGGCACCGAAAGCCCAUGUGUGCCAUGUACAUAGUACGUAGAUGGUCAGCUUCAGUCUCCCAGCACCCCUGGAAGGAGACUAGAGUGAUCCCUUUUUAGCGAUGAGAAAACAGAGGCUCAAGGUCAACGUCAGACCUCGUCCUAGGAGGAACCAACACAGGAGGCCCCUGAGCUUUGGAGGCAUGCCCUUGUUUGGUUCCUGAAGCGCAGCUGAGGGCUGUGUGGAGCCCCUCCUCCCACACUAUGUGCCAAGACCCACCAGUGGCUGCCUGCACCCCAGGGACCGUUCCCAGGCCUCUGCCCUUUCUGCCACCUCUGUGGAGGGGCACCUGGGGUAAUUCUCCCUCAUGUUCUCACACCACCUUUUACACCUGCCCUUGGUCUUGCCACAUUUCUGCACUCAGCAGGUCCCCGGGGCUUUGGGUGUCUGAGACUUACAUCCUGUGAGUUGGGGAACCUCAGCCCAUCCCCCUGCCACCCUCACACCUCCGCACCCUGGGUGGCCAGGGACAAGAGUGAGCAGGUGCACAGCUCUGUUAAGGCCCUGGAGAUUGAUGGAACCAGGUUCAGAGCAUGGAAUUCUAACGUGGAAUCCCUUCAGCCCAAAGCUUCACCUUUUAGGACCUCACUCUGACCUUCUGUCAUGAGGGGUUCAGUAGUCUCUGUUUAAAUCAGUGAGACCAGGUAGACAGAAGUCCCCAUGGGUCUCAGUUCCAACAGAGGGACUCAGUCAGCGUAACCCCCUUUCUUCCCCAGACCUGGCAUAGCAACCUGCAAGUGGGGGGUCAAGGUCUGUCCUCAGGCCUCAGGUGACUUGGGUCCCAUGACUGAGUUCCUGUGACCCCAGCAUCUACCUCAGGAUGUGGGGGCUAGGCUGGUGGCUGGGCCAAGUUGGGGCCAUUUCCUGUGUUAAAGGAAGUCUUCUUUCCAUUCCUACUGCCCUCAGCCUCCCCGAGAGCCUCUGUGUGCCUGUGACAUUGGAGCUAUAGGAGCCCAGGGCGUUGCCAGCAGGCCUCUGGGUGCUCAGCUCCUCUGGGACCCAGAAGGAAGUGGGAAGUGCAGGGAGGAAGGUCUCUGGGGACAGGACGUCCUCCCUUUGUCAAUGGGGCAGGACCCAGACAACAGUGGUCCCAGAGGUUUCCCAUUGCAGCCAGAAAGAAUUGUCUGCAAGAUUGGACCAGGCUUUGGUGAAGACCCUCAUUCUGGGCCCAAAACUUGCCCGAGGUGUCAGAAUGGGACCUGGAGGAUCCUGGCAGGCCCAGGGCUUCUCAGGCUCUAUGACCUUCAGGCCCUAACCCUGCUGAAACCAAGCCGGGGAAGGGGCUGGAAACCUCAGCCCUAGGCAGACAAGGAAGUGGCCAGGAAAGCGGAAGCAGCUUUGAUGGUCUCAGAGGAGGCCGGAAGCCAACCGGGGUGGCGGAGGACCAGGCUGGGGGCCUGGGUUCCUGUUUUCUCCUCAGGUCCCUCUGAGCAGCCCCCUCCUCCUUCAGGGCAGGAACCACUGCCACAACCUCAGCCUGCCGGCUGCUCACCAAACACCUGUGUCUGCCAAUGCGGCCCGGCCUCCAGAGAGCCAGGCCCACAGAGCGUGCCCAUGUGGGCUGGUGGUGUGGGGAGCCCGCGGCGGGGCAUGGCCCCUGCGCCCACCGAUGACCUCUUCGCCCGUAAACUGCGCCAGCCAGCCCGACCCCCGCUGACACCACACACCUUUGAGCCAAGGCCAGCCCGGAGCCCACUUCUUCGAAGUGGCAGUGAUGCAGGGGAGGCGCGGCCCCCCACCCCAGCCAGUCCCCGAGCCCGAGCCCACAGCCACGAGGAUGCCAGCCGUCCUGCUGCAGCCCCCACCCGACUCUUCACCGACCCCCUGGCUUUGUUGGGGCUACCUGCGGAGGAGCCCGAGCCUACUUUCCCACCAGUGCUGGAGCCCCGCUGGUUUGCUCACUAUGACGUGCAGAGCUUGCUCUUCGAUUGGGCUCCACCACGGGGGACUCGGGGACACACAGAAGCCAGCCCUGCAACUCCAACCUCAGCUGAGGACCAGGCUGCCAGCUCAGAUCUGCUGCUUGGGGCGCCUGGCUUUGUGAGUGAGCUUGGGGGUGAGGGUGAGCUAGGCUUGGGGGGACCCAUGUCCCCACCUGUGCCCCCUGCACUUCCCAAUGCGGCUGUGUCCAUCCUGGAAGAGCCGCAGACCCGGACUGCAGCCUACAGCCUGGAGCACGCAGACCUGGGUGCCGGCUACUACCGCAAGUACUUCUACGGCAAAGAACACCAGAACUUCUUCGGGGUAGAUGAGGAACUGGGCCCAGUGGCAGUGAGCCUGCAGAGGGAGGAGAAGGAGGGCAGCGGAGGGGGCACCUUGCACAGCUACCGUGUCAUCGUACGGACCACGCAGCUCCGGACCCUCCGUGGCACCAUCUCAGAGGACGCAUUGCCCACAGGACCCACCCGUGGCCUGUCGCCAAGGAAGCUCCUGGAACAUGUGGCUCCCAGGCUGAGCCCGUCAUGCCUGCGUCUGGGCUCAGCAUCCCCCAAGGUGCCACGCACGCUGCUUACGCUGGAUGAACAAGUGCUGAGCUUCCAGCGCAAGGUGGGCAUCCUGUACUGUCGCUCAGGCCAGGGCACGGAGGAGGAGAUGUACAACAACGAGGAGGCGGGAGUGGCCUUCACGCAGUUUCUCACCUUGCUGGGUGACGUGGUGCGGCUCAAGGGCUUUGACAGCUAUCGGGCCCAGCUGGACACCAAAACGGAUUCCACAGGUACACACUCCCUCUACACCACCUACCAGGACCACGAGAUCAUGUUUCACGUCUCCACGAUGCUGCCUUAUACCCCAAAUAACCAGCAGCAGCUCCUGAGGAAGCGCCACAUCGGCAAUGACAUUGUGACCAUCGUGUUCCAGGAGCCCGGCAGCAAGCCCUUCUGCCCCACCACCAUCCGCUCCCACUUCCAGCACAUAUUCAUAGUGGUGCGGGCCCACGCACCCUGCACCCCGCACACCUCAUACAGGGUGGCCGUGAGCCGCACUCAGGACACUCCGGCCUUCGGGCCAGCCCUGCCCCCCGGAGGAGGCCCCUUCGCAGCCAAUGCUGACUUCCGCGCCUUCCUGCUGGCCAAGGCGCUCAACGGCGAGCAGGCAGCCGGGCACGCACGCCAGUUCCAUGCCAUGGCCACGCGCACACGCCAGCAGUACUUACAGGACCUAGCCACUAACGAAGUGACCACCACGUCGCUGGACUCUGCCUCGCGCUUUGGCCUGCCCUCCCUGGGCGGCAGGCGCCGGGCGACCCCUCGGGGCCCGGGCUGUGAGCUGCAGGCGGCGGGUGCGCUGACCUGGGGCGUGCGCGCGGCCCCGGGGACUCGGGUCGCAGCGGGAGCCGAAGCGGGAGGCCCCGAGGGUGCCGAGGUGCCCUGUCUGCUGGGCAUCUCUGCAGAGACACUGGUACUGGUGGCGCCGCGCGAUGGCCGCGUAGUCUUCAAUUGUGCUUGUCGCGACGUGCUGGCUUGGACCUUCUCGGAGCAGCAACUCGACUUGUACCACGGUCGCGGGGAGGCGAUCACACUGCGGUUCGACGGGGCGCCUGGCCAAGCGGUGGGCGAGGUUGUCACACGCCUGCAGUUGGUGAGUCGGGGCUGCGAGACCCGCGAGCUGGCGCCGCCCAGAGAUGGUCAGGGCCGCCUGGGCUUUGAAGUGGACGCCGAGGGCUUCAUCACAGACGUGGAGCGCUUCACUUUCGCCGAGAAGGCGGGGCUGCGGCCUGGGGCACGCCUGCUGCGCGUGUGCGGUCGGACACUGCCCAGCCUCGGCCCUGAGGCCGCUGCCCAGCUGCUGCGCUUGGCACCCAAGGUCUGCAUUACCGUCCUGCCCCCCGAGGAGAGCGGCCGACCCCGCAGGAGCUUUUCAGAGCUGUACAGGCGGUCUCUGCAGGAGCCCAGCCGGCGGGGGCCCCCAGAGCCAGUGCAGGAUGAGACCCAGGAGGUGGUCCUGCAACCCAUCACAAGGCAGCUGCUGCGCCUGUGCCUGCAAGAUGGAGCCAGCCCUCCAGGGCCCGGGGAUUUGGCUGAGGAGAGGACUGAAUUCCUGCACAGCCAGAACUCACUACCAUCACCCCACAGCUCCCUGUCUGAUGAGGCCCCUGUCCUGCCCAAUACCACCCCGGAUCUCCUCCUGGCCGCCACGGCCAAGCCAGCAGCACCUGGUGCUGGCAGGGAGACACCUUCUUCCCAGGAACGGCCAGGCAGCCCCAGUGACCACAAAGACAAGGGCAACCUGGCCCCAGAACUGAGGGCCUCCUUCCUGCCACGGACUUUGUCUCUUCGGAACUCCAUCAGCAAGAUCAUGUCAGAAGCUGGCAGCGACACGCUGGAGGAUGAGUGGCAGUCCAUCUCAGAGAUUGCCUCCACCUGCAACACCAUUCUGGAGUCACUAUCCCGGGAGGGCCAGCCCAUCCCAGAGAGCGGAGACCCCAAGGGAACUCCAAAGUCCGAUGCUGAGCCAGAACCUGGGAGCCUGUCUGAGAAGGUCUCUCACCUGGAGGCUAUGCUCAGGAAGCUGCAGGAGGACCUGAAGAAGGAGAAAGCAGACAAGGCAGCCCUGGAGGAGGAGGUACGGAGUCUUCGGCACAACAACCAGAGGCUGCUGGCCGAGUCAGAGAGUGCAGCCACUCGCCUGCUCCUGGCCUCCAAGCAGCUGGGCUCAGCUGCCACUGACCUGGCCUAAGGCUAUGUGGUCCAGCCUCAGCAGCCUAUGGACCUGCUUGGAACUGCCUGGGCCUUUAGGGCGUACCUGGGUCUCAUGGCCCAGGACCCUCCUCAGGAUCUUCCCCAUGCCAAGGCGCAUCUUAGCACUGUUCCUACUCCCCAACCCAUCUGGUGGCAAAGGUGCCCCCACUUGUCCGUUUGUAAAUAUUCUGUGGAGAAA